AGGACUGGAGCUUCAAGCUGUUGCCAGUCUUUACAGUCUGACUGUCCGCUUGAGAGAAGUUCAUUCAGUACCUUGGUGAUCGACAACAGAACAACAUACUACAGAACAAAGAAAUCACUUGAAGUCGUAGCAGUUUUCAUUCACAGUACCGAAAUGAGGUUCCUCGUGGUCGUUUUACUCGUGUCCUUAGCUGUGUUCGUUUCUCCAGUCAUCAAGCCGGCGUGUGGACAGAAAAACAAGCCAGCCGGACAGUCAACGUCAUGUCUGGCGGGUCGUCCUGGUAUCCCUGGUCUCCACGGUACACCCGGUGCUCCUGGACGAGACGGACGAGAUGGCAGACCAGGUACUCAAGGUAAACAAGGUCCUCGAGGGUUUGAUGGGACUCCAGGUAAGCAAGGACCUCCCGGAGCUCCUGGUACACCCGGUAACACUGGUCCUCAGGGUCUUAAGGGUGACGCGGGCCCAAAAGGAGAAAAGUGCGAGCCUGGCGCAAGAAUUCUUUCAGCCUAUUCCAACUGGAAAGAAUGUUCAUGGACCAAGAUCAACGAAGGAAAAGACAAUGGGCUGAUCAGGGAUUGUCUUUUCUACAAGAAUUUCACUGAUUCCAUCCUUCAUGUUUACUGGAAUGGCGAUUUUAGAAUUAAUAAUUGUAACGACUGUUGUAAGCGCUGGUUCUUCACGUUCAACGGUGUUGAAUGCAAGACCCCUCGUGCUAUUGACGGUACCUUGUACUUGAGAAAAGGAGUGGGUCACAACAUCCACCGUGUCCGCCAUAUUGAAGGUCACUGUGACAAGAUCCACAAGGGACCUGUUCGUGUAGGAUUCAAUGUCGGGAACUGUGCCGGGUAUGGAAAUGUUGACGCCUAUACCGGAUGGAAUUCAAACAGUCGUCUUUUUGUAGAGGAGGUGCCCAGACCCCAGUCGUAAACUAUCCAUUUCCGACAAGACAUAAGCCAGACUGAUUGAAUGCGAAGUCUAGUAAAGCACUAUAACAAGCACUUUGAGAAUUUUUGAGCACUUUGUUUGAUCCAUGCUGUGUUAGUUGAAAAAAUAGGAAUAGAAUAAACGUCAAAAACUAAAUGUUACCAUUAUCGUUCACUAUAUUGUUGUGAAGUAAUAUCACUAUUAAAUGCCGCAAAAAUAUGUUGA